AUGGGAAAGGAAAAAUUCACAUCAGAAAAGUCCCUUGACGAUAUGUUGGAAAAUGGAAAUGAACAAGGAAUGGAACAAGGGAUUGAGAAUAAAGAAUUGAGUUAUUUUGAUAAAAUAGCCAAGACAUUAAAGAUUGAAAUCCGAGGCAUUGAAAGAGUGAAAGAAGAAGAACGAACACAAACAUCGAUUUGGAAUGCAGCAUCGAUGUGGUUGGCCGCCAAUUUGGUUAUCGCCACCUUUUCGCUAGGAGCGUUGGGAAUAACAGUGUUUGGAUUGGGAUUUUACCAGUGUGUGUUGGUUAUUAUCUUUUUCACGUUGAUUGGGGCCACUCCAGUGGCGUUCUUUUCGGUGUUUGGGUCUAAAUUUGGAUUGAGACAGAUAAUUUUGUCAAGGUUUUUGGUUGGAGAUGCUGGAAUGAGAAUUUUUGCACUUAUCAAUUGCGUUGCUUGUGUUGGAUGGGGAGCAGUUAAUAUAAUGGCAUCAGCACAGUUGUUGCAUAUAGUUAAUGAUAAAGCCUUACCACCAUGGGCUGGGUGUUUGAUUUUGGUGAUUUGCACGAUUAUCGUGACAUUUUUCGGGUAUAAUGUUGUGCAUUACUAUGAGAUGUUUGCAUGGAUCCCCAAUGCGAUUAUUUUUUUGAUUAUAAUUGCAAGAAUGAAAAUUUCGGGGAACUUUGAUGCUGGGGAGUAUUCAACAGGUAGAACAGGGGCAGGCAAUGUGCUUUCAUUUGGUGGUACAGUUUUUGGAUUUGCAGCUGGAUGGACGACAUAUGCAGCAGAUUAUACAACGUAUAUGUCACCAAAGACCAAUCCCUACAGGAUUUUCUUUGGGGUUCUUUGUGGAUUGAGCAUGCCAUUGAUUUUCACGUUGAUAUUGGGAGCAGCUUGUGGUACUGGGACAUUUACCAGUGAAAGAUGGAGCGAGUUGUACAAUGAGUAUUCUGUUGGAGGAUUAGUGUAUGGUAUUUUGGUUGAAGAUUCGCUCCAUGGAUUUGGGCAAUUUUGCUGUGUGAUGUUGGCGUUAUCAACGAUUUCGAACAAUAUUCCCAACAUGUAUUCGAUUGCAAUGUGUGCCCAGGCUCUUUACUCAAAGUUUCAGAGAGUUCCUAGAAUUGUUUGGUCGUUGUUUGGCAAUUUUGUUACAUUGGCGAUUUGUAUUCCUGCAUACUAUGAGUUUGAAGAUGUGAUGGAGAAUUUCAUGAAUAUUAUUGGGUACUAUUUGGCUAUUUAUAUCAGCAUGGGGUUGUCUGAGCACUUUAUCUACCGAAGAGGGUUCAAAGGGUAUAAUGCCGACGACUACUUGGAUAAGGAAAAGACGCCUGUUGGAAUUGCAGGAGCCUUUGGAUUCUGCUGUGGAAUCGCCGGGGUGGUGUUGGGAAUGAACCAGACGUGGUAUAUGGGGAAGAUUGCGCAGCAGAUUGGGGAUUAUGGAGGAGACAUUGGGUUUGAGUUGGGAGCCAGCUUUGCCUUUGUGGGAUUCAAUGCAAUUCGACCCUUUGAGAUAAAGUACUUUGGGCGCUGA